UCUAAUCAAAACUAUUUUAAACUGUGUUCAAACAAGUUUAAACCUUCCAAUAUUUAAAAGUUGAUCACAGGUGACAAUUCUGAAGACUGUGGAAAUAAUUACAUGACAGUGCUAAAUAAUUAAUAAGAUCUGAUGAUUCUAACAUAUAUUCUAUUUUAAAAAAUGAGUCAUGGUCAUAUUUACGCAAUAUCGCUUACUAAUUUAGUCAAGGAGACGUGACUAUGAGAACAUUGUGCUCUUAUCAAUGUGAUGUCGAGGAGUACUAAAGUGUGAUUUGUAUAUGGUUUACAUUAUUGCUCAAAUGAUUGGACUGCCAAAGAUGUUCUCUUAUUAAUUUACAAAUACAAGCACAUUGAGAUAAUAAUGUCUAUACAAAAUAACACUCAAUCGAUGGGAUCAUCUAAUGUAGUAUUCAACACACAAACAAGAUUUGACACCACAUAUGUGAAGACCAAACAGGGUGUCAUUAAAAUUGUUGAAAUUAUCCUUGACUUGCUAGGCUUUAUAUGUAUUCAGUCUUCUGCAUUCUGGUCCAACUGGCGUGGAGUUUAUUUUAAUGUGACUGCCCACUUGGGGCUGUGGUUUUCUGUGAUACUUCUUUUACUGUAUAUGUUCCACUUAAUAGAAAAGUAUCAUAAUAUUAAAUGGCUACAUAUAGAAAUGAUUGGAUGUGGAGUUGUAACAUUCCUUUACCUCAUAGCAUCUACAAUUGUGGUAGCUUUUGGAACGGCUACAUAUUCUGCAGCAGGGUUCUUUGGUUACCUAGCUAUGGUGUUGUAUGGGUUUGAAGCAUUCACCAAAUUUCAAGCAAUAAAGUGUGGUGAAUUGGCACAAGGCAGCCGUGUAAUAACUAAACAGACACAUGUGACUACACCCUGAACAUUACCUUAAGAUCUAAACCAGAAAAAUGUAUUUUUUAUAUAAAAUAAUUAUAACUAAUGCAGCCACAAAUAAAGGUUUGUUAUUGAAUUGAAAACUUAAAAAUAGCAACAAAAUGCUUUGUUUUAUAGAGAAUUUACUUAACACAAUCAAUAAUUUGUUAUCAUUGUAUGCCUAAAUAUUUUUUAAUUUAACUUAGUUUAAUUUUAAUAAUAUGACUAUGAUUUACUACUGAAAAUUAGUUCAUACAUCACUGUUUCUUAUAAAUCAGGCAGACUUUUACUAAAAGUAUCCAUGGUUUGUUAAAAGUAACAAGUUUUAGUAUAUAAGAUUAAAAUGUUUACCAAAGCUUCUGCCUUAAGUAUUGUGUAUUCUCUUAUGUCCGCCUAUUGUCACAAUCACACUGAAUAAUAAAUAUUAUACAAAACUGAAAGGCAUUUAUAGAAUUUAAGUUUAAUGUAUUUGUGCAUCCAUUGUACUUAGGAAAAAUGGCAAUCUUUAACUUAUCAUGUGGCUUGAUUGUAAUUGGUCUUAAUAUGCUGUUGAUCAAUAAAGAUCAGCUGCUGAGAUGCUUUAUUGAUCAACAGCACAAUGUAGUAUUCUAACACUCAAGAUUUUUAUAUUCAACAGCAUUUCAUAUAUCAUAAACACUUAACUUUUGGUUACAUGUUAAACAGAGUAUUCUUAAAAGAUAAUUAGAUUAAAAGUCGGUAGUCACACAAUAAGUCAACACUUAUGUAAAUAUUCUCGUGAAUGCUCUAUAACUAACUAAAAUGUAUAUAAAAUUAUUUUGAAAGAAUUUUCAUUCAUAUAAUAUUAUAAAUUAUUAUAGCCUAUAUGCUUACACUAUGCUUAAAAAAAUUGUCCGUCCUCAGCUCAGUCUCAUAUUAAAUAUUGUGUAUAUUUUGUAUAACUUUUAUUAACACUUAUAUUGAACUUGUAGAUAUUUUAGCAAUUUUUUGUAUAAAAUUUAAUAUUAAAUGUUUCUAAAAUGUAUGAAGUAAAAUUACAUAUACAUGUUAAAUGCAUGUGUGUUAAGUGAAGCAUGUAAAAAAGAAAUUGGUAUGUUUGUAAAUUAUGACAAGAUUAAUUUAAAUAUUCAUUAGUUUAUAAUCUUACAUUUACUUGAAAUGAAAUAGUACUUUACAAUCUCAAGUUACUGCUCAGUAUGUACAAAGCUCUGUUUGACAAUUCAUCCUGUAAUUUAUUUAACAAAAUAAAACAAUUUAUUACUUUUUGA